CUUACAGGUUUGAUCAACAGAUGACUCUGUCCUAAAUUUGCAAUAUGUAACUAUUUCCAAUUUUUUCUCCGCAUCUGACGCAGCAUCGGAUAUGUUAUCACCAUUCUCUCUCUGUCUGCUACCAUCUGCUGGCUGCACCCAUGAUCGGGUGUAUCUAGCUGUUCCACGGUAGUAUGUAAGGCCGUGGGGACUGAGCUGUGCUAUCGAAAACGAGUUGGGUUAGGUUAGCUUAGCAAGAUGACAGAUUUGUCAACAACUGUAGCUCACUUAGCUAAACUGGGCACCUCGAUUGUUUGCAUGAAAUAUUUCAACGAUCCAUACUCGAUUCUUGUGAGCGAUAAUCAUUGGGCUACGAGAGCUUUUCAAAUUCUGCUCUUCCACUCCAUACUGGGAAUUUUUCGAUUUGGUAAUCCAAGCACCUCCAAGUAUCUACGUGGAUUCUACACAUUUUUCUCAAAGAUUAUCCACACACUACCAUUUGCUUUAAUCGUUACAGAGAUAUUGCAUUGGAAUAAGACAAGUGAACAAAUAACUCUAACGUUGUUGAUUCUAACGGUUUUUCCCAUUGUGUAUGAGUCGAGGUCUAAAGAAAGAACAAGACGACACUUGAUCGAUGUUGCUGUCGGCCUAAACUUAUGUGCUCUUAUCUAUGUCUCCCUUAUAAGUAAAAAUUACAGUGCUAUUAGCCUAGUCGUGUCUUAUGCUUUUACACAUUUCUUAUUAGAAGAUAUAUCUGAUCGAUAUGAUGUACCUUACAGAGAUCUUCUUCAGUACAGUCUUUGUUUCAUGGAAAUUUUUUCCAUACUAACUCUGAAAGAUCUUCAGGGCAAUUACUGACCUGUUUUUAUACCCAUUUUAAGUGCCAAACACACAGAGCUAGGAGAAAACAAUAAUUGGCUUUGAGCAAAUUGAGUGACCUACUUACAAGGAAUAGGGUAAUUGAUUGAAUAUCAAUUUAAUGCAUUAAUUGCAAAGUUCACUGGCCUAAAAAUUGGAAACAGUCCCGUAAUUUAUUGAACCUUCCAUUCGUAAUUUGUUUCGUAUUUUGAAAGAUUGAUUCUUUUAUAACCACGUAUAAGAGCAGAGUCUCUAUCUACAUAUACGUACAAUAUCUCAUAUCAUUUAGAAAUUUAUCCAAGUUUAAUAUACCAGUAUAUUUCUAAUAAUGUAUUUACAAUCGUUUCAAGGAAAUUAAAAAAUGUGCACGUUAUUUUACCUGCUAUUUAA